AUGGCGCUCGUGGAGUCGGUGAAGCGUUCGUUGCGCAAAGGUAAUGAAGAGGAACGGCUCUGGGCGGUGAGUGUCAUUCCCUUGCUGGCACUUCAGAGCGAAACGUGCGCGGAUGUGCCGGAGCUGGUGGAAACAUUUAAGCCGGUGAUGAUGGGUAUACUCACGGACGUUAGUUCGGGAAAUUCUAAUGUUCGGAUGAAGUGUUGCUCGAUACUGGGAAUGCUCUGCUUUAUCGGCGAGGAUGAACGGGCUGAUGAGAUCGUGUCACUUAUGAAGAUCCUACAGGAAACAAUUAAAAUCGAACCCGUUCCAGUCAGCGGUGACUUUCAGGCAGUAGUGCUGCGUUCCUGGACACUACUUCUAACACUUCUCUCACCCCACAAGGUCCUGGUGCACGUAAAAAAUGGCGACCUAAUGUCGCCAAGAGAUCUCAUGGCAAUGCUCGAUAGCAACCAUCUGGAUGUACGCACAGCGUCGGGCGAAACGAUUGCUUUGAUGCAUGAACUGUUGUGUCAGUAUGAUUCAAGCUUUCUUCAGGAAGACCUCCCCGAUCUGCUCAACACUGUCCGCAAGCUGAGCACGGACGCGUACCGCUUCCAGGGGAAACGAGGCCGCAAACUUCAAAGAAUCACAUUCCGUGAUGUGCUGCUGUACCUGCAGGAGGCCGUUGUACCGGAGAUGCGCAUUAAGUUUGGUGAUGAAACGCUUCUCCUAAGCAGUUGGAUGAUGCAUCGGAGGUAUGAUUGCUUGAAGGACGUGUUGGGAAUGGCACUGAAUGUACAUCUGGAGGAGAAUGCGCUGGUGCGUGACUUGUUGAAGAUAGGUCCUAAGGUGGAAAGGAUUGUGAGACGUCCUGGUGGGAGAAUUGAGAAGGAGUUCAGACAUUCGUUCGAUGCCUCAAAGGAGCGCUCGAUUGCACGUGGCAAAGAGCGUGACAAGCGACUGUUUCAUUUAAAGUAA